GGGACGUGAUUGCCGUCCUCAACGCGGCGGAUAUCCCCUUGCCCGAGAGCUGGUAGCAAUGUCGGAGGAGGAAGACGGGCAGCCCUUGGCCCCUCGAGACGCCCUGGCUGCUGGAGAAGGAUUUGAGGACCCUCAGUGUCCCUUGGCGGUGGUGCGAUGUGGAAACCAGGCCGACGGGACCGAGGUUGUGAUCACCGCCAUCGCGGUCAAGGAGCACGAUGGCAAGAUCGUGCUUGCUGUGCCAACUUCGGCCUGGCAUCGGCAGGUUUCCCGAAGGACUCUGCCGAAAGGCUUCUUGGCGAAGGUUUGCGCUGCCGAGGUGGCCGCUUGUGGCUCGGCUUUGCGGUCCGAAGCGUUGGAAGGUGCCACUGUGAGAGUGUGGCUGGGCCUCGUCGAGCCGACCGCGGAGGACUCCAUUCAGGUGCCGGACGACAUGCCCGAGAAUGUGAUAGGGUUCGGGGAGUUGAGCCCCGGGGUUCCUGCUUUGCCCUUUGUGCCAGCUCUGGUGGCCGCCGCCGAGGAUCACUUCAGCUUUGCCACGGGCGACUCCGGGCGGCCUGCCGAGCGAGACCCUAUUGGAAGCCGGCUCGCCCGCCUCGAGCAGAUGCUCCAGAGUGUCAUGCUGCAAGCUCCGGCUGCCGGGCCGGGCCCGAAAUCGAAGGCGAAAGCCAAGGUCCGCGCCAGUCCCGUGCUCGAGGGCUCACCUCCGGAACUCGACCCUUCGGUGGUCGCCGCUGCCAAGGCUGCCGGCGUGUCAGAAGGAGCUUUGGCCGAGAUGGAGCUCCUCAUGAAAAAGGGGCGAGGCUCACGGUUGCGACCCGAGCCAGUUUUGCCCGGGCCGCGGCCGCACAAUCCCUUGGACGAGUCGGAGGAGGAGGACGACGAUGGCGCCGGUGUUGGGUCGGGCGCUCCCUUGGUCAGCAGCUCCAUCCAGGCGGGGCCCGGUGCAAGCCAGGCGGAAGCUUUUGCGGCAGCUAUGUUCAAGAUGAUGGAGGGCUACCACAAGAACUCUGCAAAGACCGGCAGCUCCCUCGAGCGAGCCUUGGACGGCGCCGCCUCUGGAUCGGGCGAGGUCUCCUCGCUGCCCGGGGCCCGUCGCAACUCAGCUGCUCGCAAGGCCCUUCGCGACGCCCUGACGACCAGCCCUGCAGACGAGCUGACCGCUGUGAUAGAGAACUUGAUGGCGGAGGACUUGGCUUCGGCUGCUCCUGGGGUGGCGGUCCCGGGGCAGGUGUCGGCUCGGGGGUGGGUCGAGUACAGGUCCAAGAUAGGUGCUUAUCCCUCGGCCAUGUGGGCCACCUGGAUCAUGGCCGGAGCUUUGGACUGCUUACGGUCCAACCGCCCGGCCCAGGCUCGGGCCAGGCUCAACCUGGGCUUGCUUGUCUUCGACCAGAUGAGCAUCGACAAAGGAUCUUUUGUGCUGGCCGGGGAACUCUCUCUGGAAAAUCCCCCGCCAGCCCAUUCGUACCGGCAGCACGAGCAUCACAACACCGGUGUCGUGUACAGCCGCCUGUUGGAUCCGCGGUGGUCGGAGGUUGCGAUAAGUCAUCUCAAGGAGCAGGCCGAGUUCCUUACCAAGAGGACCCAGCUUGGCCGAGCGCAGGGCUCUUCGACAGGAGCCGACCCACCGAGCGAAGAGGUUGUGCCUCCGCUGCCCCCCGUGAUGCUUCAGAUCCUUGCCCGCCUGGCAGCAGAAUGGCGCGCGUACCGCGCCAACGUGCCACACCUGGCCCUGCCCGAUGCCUUACCCCAAAGUUUUUCGCGAGUCCUGUGCAGCUGGCGCUUGGAAGCUCAAGAGAUUGGCGUCCCUUUGAACCGGACCCAAAAGAGUGCUGUUCGGCGGCUGGAGGUUGAAGCGCACAAUGACGUGUUGGCCGCGUUGGCCAGGGCUGCUGUCAGCCUCUCGAGGGAGUGUGGUUACCUGGGCAAGCCUACUGAUGUGACUUUUGACGACCCUGCCAGCCAGAGCAGGGCCUACGACCUCCCGUCGGCAGGAACCGCUGCUCGCUACGACCGGCCUCUGGACUUCUGCCGCCACCCUGCCGAAUGCCCGGAACCCCCUAAGGUGAAGAUCCUUGCGAAAGUCGAGGAACGUUUGCUUUUGCUGCGGGCCCUCGCCGAUACUCAGAGGUUGGUGCCAGGGCGGCGGGUUCCCGGGCGAGAGGACUUUGGCGCAGGGCUGUUCGCAGUCGUGAAGAGCGAGGUGAAAGACAGGUUGAUCUUAGAUGCUCGACCAGCAAACUUGCUGGAAAAUGGAGUUUCGUUGUGGACCCGCACCCUCGCCUCAGCGGUUGCCGUGAGCAAUCUGGUUUUGGAGCCCCACAGGACUAUGCUUUUCUCCGGGGCGGACCUUCGCGAUUGUUUUUAUCAGUUCGUUGCGCCACCCGGCCGGGUCGCGAGGAACUUCCUGACAGGUUGGCUGGACUGUGGCCAGGCUUCGUUUGUGUUCCGACGGGACAUGAAAGGUGAGUGCGACGAGCAGGGGCGCGUUUUCGUCGCCUUUGCUUCCCUUGCUAUGGGCGACAGCGGGGCCUGCGAGUACACCCAGUGCUCGCACCUCGGCGUUUGCCUAAAAGGUGCCGCCAUUGUGCCGGGCGAGCUUUUGGUGCAUGCUGCGGCCCCGCCUCGUGGCCUCCUGUCGGUGGGCUUGGUCAUCGACGACCUGGUCUGCCUGGACCGCGUGCUUACAGCUGACCUUGAGGCCAUCAGGGCAGGAUCCACGAGAACUGAAGGCAGCCGGAGGUUGGAUGCAGCCCUCAGUGCUUACGACGCCGCCCCCCUCGAGGUCUCCUCCGAUAAGGUUUUUCGAGACCAGGUGAAAGCCUCUUUUUGGGGCGCUACCGUGUGCGGUGCCUCGGGAUGGCUGAAGCCGAAUGCUCAUCGCCUGUGGCCCCUCAUCUUGAUCACAGUGAGGACUGUCCAGCUUGGGCUCGCCACCCGGCACCUGCUUGAGUCUCUCGCCGGGUGUUGGAUUUCAGUGUUCAUCCUUAAGCGCAGGCUGCUUUCUGCCAUGGACUUGAUUUUCAAGGCUUGUGGAGCCGGUGUGCCGAACACCAUCAUCCGGCUCUCUCCCGCUCUGCGGUCCGAGUUGGCUUCUUUUGUGUUCCUUGGGCCCCUGUGCAGCGUGAACCUCCGGGCCCAGAUCGAUCACACUGUGACGGCUACCGACGCUUCCUCCGGUUGGCAGGCAGCCGUUCGUGCCGAGGUCCCCGCGGCUGUCGCCCAAGAAGCUUACCGCCACAGCGUGCAGAAAGGAACCUGGACGCGUUUGCUUUCGCAGCCCGGGGCCUGGCUCAAGGACCAUGGGCUGCUGGACGUUGAGUCUGAGCUUCCUGGGGGCGACGUUUUCGUUGCUCUACCCCUGUACGUCGGGCUCGCCACUUGCCCCCAGUACUCCGAGCUCUGGCGCAAAAGCUACAAGAACAAGGUUCACAUCAAUGUUGCCGAGCUCCAAGCUUUCCUUCGUGAAGAAGCCCGGGCAGGUCACCGAAAGCCGAACGCGCGGAUGAUCUUUGCCCUCGACUCACAGGUCGCUAUUGGAGCGAUUGCAAAAGGGCGCUCGGCCUCCCCCAGGCUCAACGACCUUUUGUGCCGUUCGAUCCCGACUGCCGUCGGCUCGCAGUGCCAGAGUGUGCCAGUGUACUUUCCCAGCGCGCUUAACCCGGCCGACGACCCGACGAGACACCGCGAGGUCCGGCCGCCUGUUAGCAGCCCUCCUGCCUGGUGGGAUGAGCUUUGCGUUGGGAACCCGGUCCCUCUUGAGAAGGUCACUGAGGAAGCCGGCUUUGGGCGUGACGGUGAGGCUUUUGACCAACGGCAGCUUUUUACGCUCUGCGCCCAGAAGCCCCCCGUGCUUGAAAGUGCCGCCAAGCUCAAGAAGGAAGCCUUCAGGGAGGCCGCUCGCGUGGAGCCUUUGUGGCGAGUACUGCUGGCAAGGCCCCGUGGCUUUACUCGUGCCAUCGCUGUCGCGCUGACCUCACACGCCGGCUGGAGUGCCGAACGCCCGCUUGACCCCCUUGCAUGCGCUAAGCUGCCAAACUGCUGCCGUGCUGGUGAAGCGUCGAACCCCGGGCCGCGCGCUCCCCGGCCUCGCGACGCCGGUGUUGACCUCGAAGCCCAGCCGCUUUACUCCCAGACCUCUUCCUUUCUUGGCCUUCGUGCGUGGACUUCUUUCCUCGCCUGGUGCAGCCAGACCCUCAGCUUCGACCCGCUGCCGAUGUUCCACUCGUGUCCCCCCUUGCUCGCCAUGGCGCUGCGCUCUUUUGGAAACUACCUGUACCAGUCUGGAGGCUCGCUUCAAACGUACAGGUACGCGAUAGUGGCUGGGCAGCGGUUGAGCUGGUGUAUGCGGGGCCAGCUUGGCCCAGCGUGGGAGUUAGUCUCGCGCUGGGAAAAGCUCCAGCCCGUUCGGCACCGAACUCCGGUGCCUGAGGUUGUCGUGAAGAGUCUGGUCGUUUUGGCUUGGUGCAAGGGCUACAGACGCUGGGCUGCCUGUACUUUGGUGGGCUACUUCGGGCUCGCCCGAAUAGGCGAGGUCCUGCGAGCUACCAGGGCGCACCUGCUGCUCCCCGCUGACCACUGCUCGCUGCUACAGGUUGCUUUUCUUCGGCUGGAGGGCCCAAAGUCUUCGGGGCGUGGAGGUCCGAAAGUGCAGCACCUGAAGGUGGACGAGGCCCUGGUUGUGGAGCUCCUGGCCAAAGCUUUUUCGAGCCUCGACGUCAGUGAGAAGCUCUACCCCUUUGGCCCUGCAGCGUACCGUUCCCGCUGGAACUUUCUGCUUGAACACUUUGGGCUGAAGAACCAGCAGGAGCUCACACCAGGCGGCCUACGUGGGGGUGGUGCGGUCUGGGCGUACCACCGUGGAUGUGCGGUGGCGGACAUACAAUGGCGUAUGCGUCUUCGCCACCAGCACACCUUGAGCUACUACCUGCAAGAAGUGGCGGCGAUCAACUCCGUUCUGGCUGCCGGUGCGGACGCGCGUCACACUUUGCAGUGCACGGCUCAGCUUUUUCCGUUUUUGGUCGCUUCCCCUUGA